GAGCAAAUAAAACAUGAGCGCACAGAUUUUAUAGUCCAAGGCUUGAAACAUUGACUGCUAAUGGAGUUUGGAUACAACAUCUAACUAAAGAAAAUCCGUAAGAUGGCAGGAUCUAAUACCAAGACUAAGGAGCCAUGCAAAGUGUUUAAUGACCCCAUCCACGGACACAUUGAACUCCACCCUCUUCUGGUCAAAAUCAUAGACACACCUCAAUUCCAAAGACUGAGGAACAUCAAGCAGCUCGGAGGGGUCUACUACGUUUUCCCCGGAGCAUCUCAUAAUCGCUUCGAGCAUUCCAUUGGAGUUGCGCACCUGGCUGGAAAGCUUGCUAAAUCUUUGAAAGAGAAACAGCCUGAACAGAUAGAUGAGGCUGAAAAGAUCGAGGACAGAGACAUCCUCUGUGUGCAAAUCGCUGGCCUCUGCCAUGAUCUGGGACACGGACCUUUCUCUCAUCUGUUUGAUAAGAAGUUCAUUCCUAAAGCACGUACAGAUUUGAAAAAGGACAAAAAAUGGACGCACGAGAAGGCAUCGCUAGACAUGUUAAAACAUCUGAUUGCUGUUAACAACCUGAAGCCGGUGUUGGAGGAGAACGGGCUGGUGCUGCCAGAGGACCUCGACUUCAUCAAGGAGCUGAUCUUUGGGAAAAUGACCGACCCUGAUCAUCCAGAAAAAGAGCCGAAAUACAAAGGCCGUAAACCGGAGAAGUAUUUCCUGUACGAGAUCGUAUCCAACGAAAGGAACGGCAUCGAUGUGGACAAAUUUGAUUACUUUGCAAGAGACUGCCAUCACCUGGGCAUCAAGAAUAACUUUGACCACGACCGCUUCAUCAAGUUUGCCAAGGUGUUUAAGGUGGACGGGGAGCAGCAAAUCUGUACCAGGGAAAAGGAAGUGGGCAAUCUGUAUGACUUUUUCCACACAAGAAACUCUCUCCACAGAAGAGCUUACCAGCACAAAGUAACAAACAUUGUUGAGACCAUGAUCACAGAGGCCUUUGUAUUGGCAGACAAACACCUGACAUUCGAGGGGAAAGAAGGGAAAAGGAUCAAGAUGUCUGACGCUAUAGAUGACAUGGUGGCAUACACCAAGCUGACUGACAACGUCUUCGAACAGAUCCUCCUUUCUACCCCGGGCGAGCUGGAUGAGGCCAGGGAGAAUGAUGAGCUGGAUGAGGCCAGGGAGAAUGAUGAGCUGGAUGAGGCCAGGGAGAAGGAUGAGCUGGAUGAGGCCAGGGAGAAGGAUCUGAAAGAGGCCAGGGAGAAGGAUCUGAAAGAGGCCAGGGAGAAGGAUCUGAAAGAGGCCAGGGAGAUCCUAACGAACAUCAGCAGUCGUUGCCUCUUCAAGUGUGUGGGCCAGUUCUAUUCAGCAUAUCCAGCUGAGAUCGAGGAUAUGCAUCGGCAUUUGCUAGAUGACCAGAAAAAUCCCCUGGGCAUUAAACUGUUGCCAAAACACCUCAAUGUUAUCAAGAUGGACUAUGGCAAGAAGACAGAGAAUCCCAUUGAUCACGUCCGUUUUUACCGCAAGGGAGACAAGGAGGCCUUCAAGAUCUCCAGGGGCCAGGUGUCCACGCUCAUCCCAAGACACUUUCAGGAGCAGUUGCUACAGGUGUACUGUACGGAGACUGAUGAGGAAAUUCUGGCCACGGCCAGGAAUUUUUUUUUACAGUUGUGCCAAACUGUGACAAGCAAAAAGGUGCCCACGCCCAUCCCAGAAGAAUUUAAGGAUUGGAUUCUACAAGUGUACAACGGUCCUACGAAGAGUCAUGAGAAGACCCAGAUGACGGCCAGGGACUUCUAUGAACUGUGGCUCAAAACUUCGACAAGCGAGUAGGUUUGCUUGCAACUCAGUUUAUCGCUCCAUGUCUUCUUGAUUGAUUCGAUUUUUACAUAAAAGAUAGGGUAGGCAAAUUAUUUUCAAACUAUUAUCUCUCAUAUUUCUUGAAAUUAUUUUUACAUGCCGACAGCAAUCAAUAAAUAAAAUGACCGGACAGAAAAACAAGGAAAUCCGGUAUCUGUGGCGAUCACAAGCCUGUAAUAAGUCUGUCAAAUCAAUUCAUCACACUUGAAAGUGUAUUUGUUUGCAGUGGGUUUUAACUUCAUAUAUGUUCGCUGUACUGAUUUAGUCCCGGCAAUAAAUGGCCAGAAUCAAAGCAGGCUACAGACACUAUAAUGAAUACAUAUAGUCUAAUCUUUGUUCAUGUUUUUUUUGUAAUGCGUUUAAUAUUCAUUUGGUUGAAGUAUUAUUUUUCAUUUUCAAAGUUUGAACAUCUUCCUUAAUAAUAAUAAGAAUAAUAAUAAUAAUAAUAAUAAUAAUAAUAAUAAUAACAACAAUAAUAAUAAUUGUGGGUAGAUUCGUCCUUUGUUUGGGUUACUAAGGUAAACCUACCACAACGCUUGAUACAUUUUGUUCCCCGUGUGUGUGUGUGUUUGUGCGUGGGUUAAAUAUAUAUUCUACUUUCAUGUUUAGUGCUCUUUUCAAAGAUAUAUUAUGAUAUAAGGUUGUAUUUAGGGCCCAGGAAUAUUGUUUAGAGUAUUGCUUGCUGUUCUGCUAAUAAGGUCAACUGAAAAGUAUAUUUUCAAAAGAUAGACAGAGGCUGGGGCAAAAAUUGUGAUAAAUGGUGAUGAAAAAAAUAAACGGCUUUGUCCUCAAUGUCUAAAUGUUUCCUUUGUAA